AUGUUUGCUCGCGCUGUCGAAGAUUGGGACUCGAAUGCAAGGUUGACGACACGUUCAAGAGGAUGCGGAAGAGGAAGUAAGCCCAGCAACCCACAAGGCUCUAAGGUGACCACGGCUGACCCGUGGCCUACUGGCAGGAAGUCCGGCGAAAUGGAAGAAGAAAUCGCCAGACUGAAACGUCAACUGUCGGUCUACGAAGGCACUGUUAUCUCAGACCUGACAUCCGCUUCCACAACACAUCCAACAGCAUCUUUUCACCUCGAGAGCAGUGUCACACAGACCGAACAUGCUAUGAAUGAAAGAUCGACGCAUUGCUUCGACCCGAUGGACAGGAUGCUCACCACAACUAUGCCCAGCGGGGUAUCCCUGGAUUCGCCCGAUCAAUCGAGCCUGCCCGGAACAACGACAAUUCCCAACGGCACGAUCCCCGAUGAAACACCUCCUCGAAUCGUGCAAGCUAGCUCUGCGCGAAAAAUACGCGACAUCGAGCUCACGAAGGACGAGAUAAACGACUUAUUCCAAAUCUAUUUCUCCCACUACCACGUCUUCCUGCCGUUUCUCGACCCGAGUGUUUCUCCUGACCGAUACUACGAUCAGUCAGCCCUGCUCUUCUGGUCGAUCGUCUCUGUCGCGUCACGUCGGUAUCAGGCAAAUCCAACCCUGCUACCCAGACUAGCUAGGACGCUUACAGACACACUCUGGAAGUCGCUACAAGCGCUUCCACACUCUCUGGCUGUUAUUCAAAGCUUGGUGCUGAUCUGCACUUGGCCGUUUCCGACAAGCAGCAGUUCGACCGAUCCCAGCUACAUGUUGUCAGGGAUGGGUAUACAGCUUGGACUCUCGAUGGGCCUGCAUCGACCAAACAGUCCCGAAGACUUUACCAAGUUUCGCGUCAAUCUUGACUCUACUGCUAUGGCUGAUCGGGGAAGGGCCUGGGUAGCUAGCAAUGUUGUCGCUCAGAGCGUCAGCUGCGGCGUUGGCCUUCCCACACCAGCACACGUGCGUGACUGGUCACUCGUCACGUCUUCGCUCGAGGCUCCAUGGCUUGACGAGAAUUUACGUGCACAUCUGAGAUGUGCUUCCGUGUGCAAUAGGAUAUCCCAGGGGCUCGCAUCCAAUCCGUCGGACCACACUGGGCUCCUGCAGGCUCGGGAAAGGUUGCCGGUGUACACGAUCUUGAACCACGAAAUCGUCGACCUCGAGUCCAGUAGGAGCUGGACACCUGGUACCACUGCUGUCUAUCUCCAGAUUGCAAAACUGCACUUGCAGGCAUUCUAUUUGUUCGACGACGCAUCGACCUUCGGCUACGCCGAACGCAUUGUCGUACUUUACUCCACCGCCAGUGCUCUGCUUGAGCACAUCCAGACACUUGACAACCAAAAGUCGGAUUUCUUGUAUCAUUGCCCCUUCUUCUGCUACGAGGCUUUCUUGUGCGCAUCUUUCAUUGUGCUCAAGGUGUUGAAGAAUGAUUACUUCAAUGCCAUCGUAGAUGCAAGGUUGGGCAAAAAGCUCAUCAACUUCUCUGUCUCGGCAUUGAGAAAGAUGUCUGUGGCAAACAACGACUUGCCGGGGAGGCUCAGCGAUGUCCUCGCUUACCUAUGGACUCAUCCAGACCCGUCAAUCGCCGGCGGAAGUGGCAUAGAUGGGCUUCAACUCAAGGUCCAAAGUCGGAUGAGCAUGAGCAUCGUCUACGACUCAUUGUGGAGGUGGCGGGAGCAAUUUCGGAUCGAAGCAGAAAGAGAAUUGCCUGGAGAACUCCGCAGCGGUAAUGCACUCCCUUUUGCCAAGGGGUAUUCCCAGCUAAAUGGUGCAGGUACACCCUUGGCGGCACAGCGCACUCAAAACUUCGACCUGGCUUUUGAUCUCGCGGACUUGAACGGGAUAUACUCCGAUGAUUUCGAAUUCGAUUGGUUCACCUGA